AUGGAGGCCGUGCUCAGCGUCGCGCCCUUCUCGGCGCCAUGCGUGCUCAGCUUCGGCUCCGUCUACGUCGGCGCGGUUGCCGAGAGGACUGUUCGCGUUGCGAACCCGACCGAGGCGGCGGUGGUCGUCUCCGCGGUGACGUCGCGCCGAACUGGGGCCCUCGCCGUCGUCGAGGACCGAGUGCGUGUUCCGGCUCGCUCCGAGGGUGCACUCACCGUCCGCUGGGUUCCGGAGGCCACCGGAGUGCUCGGCAAGGGACACACCAUCCUCGUGAGGCUCGGCAAGGGCCGCACGCUUCCCAUCUCGGUCGACGGCGUCGCGAAGCGUGCCGGAGGCGCGAGCCUUGCGCGUGCGCCACUCGGCGCGCUAAACCGCAAUCUGCUGCACGGCGCGCCGCCGCCGAAGGCCGCGCCGGUCGAGCCUCUCGCCGCCCGCUGCCUCUCGCUUGCGCGGCGGGUGGCAGUUUGCGACGGCGAGGAGGACGACGCCUUCCUGGCUGUGGCGCGCGCCGCCCGCGAGUCACCGGCGAUGGCGCGCUGCUUGGGAGCGGCGGCGGAAGCGGUGCUAGCCGGCGGAGCCGACGCGCAGGGACUGCUGCAGCGUCUCGAGGCGGCGCUUGGCGACGGGCGGGCCGCACUGCGGCAGCUCCCCGCGCCGCUCCGGCGAGGGAUGGCGGAGGUCGCGUGGGUCGCUAGCCCUGCCGACGGCUCUGGCGCGGCGGAUGUGCGGCGCGAGCUGGGCAAGACGAUGCUACGGGAGCGCCUCUCGCCGAGCGCCGUGGCGCCGUCCCGCGCCAGCUAG